CUCUCUCCUAAUAUUUUACCAGCCGAACGAAUUAGAGAGUUAAAUGUAGUCGCGACUUCGGCUUCACUCGAAUCAGCGUCUGCAGUCACCUUCGCCUCUCCAGUCCCUAGUUCAACUUCCAGCUCUGGCUUCGGAUCCGGGUCAGGUUCUGGCUCUCUUUUGCCUUCAGAGUCGGAGUCGCCUGCAUGUCCAUCUAUCCAUGUCGGUCAUUCCGCUGCCUCCGCUAUUACUCAUACUACCAUUCAUAAUGCAAUAAAUUCACACUCAGGAAGUAAUGAUGGCUUUCAUUCAUGGCCCAACGGAGCUACUUCCAACAUUACUUCGGAACAUUUCCAGCAGAAGUCGCACUUGACUUCAUUACCAUUCUCUGCAACUCCAGGUACUUCCCACUUGCCCCAGUAUCGGUCGCCUGACUUGACCAUCCUUCGUGAAAAUUGCUACUCUCCCUCUGAACCUGACCCUGGCUCCGGUUCGCCCACUACAAUCAGGAAUACCAAAUGGGCCUGUUCACCGCCAAGUUCACUUAUUUCUCCUUCUGGUUCGCCUAAACGACAGCAGCUACCAAGACGAGGCUUGGUACGCUGUUUUAGAGAAAAGCGAGCUGAGCUGCAUGAAACUAGGGUUAGAUCAAAGCCUAUUGUUGAACAGGUAGUUAUAUAUAUAGCUUGA